AUGGCCUCUUCCUUGACCCAGCUCAAGAAGUCCAACAAGAUUGUGUGCAUUGGCCGGAACUAUGCCGACCAUGUGACGGAACUCAACAAUGUCCGGCCAAAGCAGCCGUUCUUCUUCUUGAAGCCCCCAUCGUCCCUUGUGCUGCCCGGUGCCGGCCCUUGCGUGCGACCCAAGGGCGUCGACUUGCACUAUGAGAUCGAGCUAGCUCUGAUCAUCGGUAAGACAAUACGCGACUUGAAGCCGGAUGAUGAGCGGGGUGCUCUGGAUGCCAUUGACAGCUACGCCCUAGCCCUCGACAUGACGGCUCGCAACGUGCAGAACGAGGCCAAAAAGAAGGGCCUCCCGUGGGACAUUGCCAAGGGCUUUGACACGUUCCUGCCAAUCAGCCAGAUCAUCCCCAAGUCGGCCAUUCCUGACCCGCACAAUGUCGAGGUCUAUCUGACCGUUAACGGCGAGGUCCGCCAGCAGGACUCGACGGAGUUACUGCUGUUCCGUAUCCCGCGCAUUCUGAGCGACAUCUCCAAAGUUAUGCCGCUGGAGCCGGGUGACCUGGUGCUGACCGGCACGCCGAAGGGUGUAGGCCUCGUCGUUGCUGGCGACGUCAUGAAAGGCGGCAUCCGCGUUAAUGGCAAGGAGAUUGAAGAGGCCCACCUGGAGGUGCCGGUUGUCGAUUCGGAGGGGGACUACGCAUUUGCCGAGACAUAG